AUGGCAGCCAUCAAGACCAUUGUCGCCACCGGCCUCUCAUCCGGCUUGGGCUUUGAAGCACUUAAGCAGCUGCUCGCUGAGUCGCAACCAUACCGAUUCAUUCUCGGCGUUAGAAACACCGCUUCUACAGACGAGGCCCUCAAGGCCGUCGACUUUGACCGCACAGCUAACCCCGUCACGCUGCUGCCGCUGGACCUUACUGAUGUAAAGGGCACCAAGACCUUUGCGCAAAAGGUCCUCCAGGACUUGGGCACCACUGGCAUUGACUAUCUGCUGCUCAACGCUGCUCUUAUUAAGAAUGCCUCCGAGCCUACUCCCUACGGCGGCAAAUGGUGUGAGUCCAUGGUAGUCAACCAUGUCGCCCAGCACUAUCUCAUUCACCUUCUCCGUGAGAAGCUCGUCGCGUCUCACUCGCGCAUUGCCAUCGUGUCCUCUGGCGCGAUCCGCAAUGUCCCCGACGCUAGCAAGAUUGAGGAGACAUUGAAGGAUAAGUCAUCCGCAAGCCAUUUUGACAUCUACAGCGCCAGCAAGUUCACUCAGCUCCUCGGUGCGCACUGGUGGCGCCGCGAGCUCAAAGGCCAGUGUGAUGUAGUGGCAGUAUCCCCUGGCCUAAUCCCAAACACCGGCCUUGGCCGCUACAGCAACUUCAAAAUAUCGGAGGAUAUGCCCGAUGCAAAGUCCGUUGCCACAGGUGCCAAGAGCAUCAUUGAAGUUCUCAAGCGCAACGACUUCCCUGAGGACCCAGACCGCAUCUUCCUGACCAGCUGGGGUGAGUGGUGGUCCCGAGAUACUAUUGCCAUGUCGUGCGACAAGGAGCUGCAGGACAAGUGGUCAUUUAGCAAGGAGGAGAUUGAAAAGGACGCUGGCAUUGUUUAA